AUGUUAAAAAAUGGCAUCAAAAUUAAAAAUAUUAAAAAUUAUCCGUACUUUACGAGACUUUUAAGAGGUCCUGAGCCUCAAGGGUUUGCUUUUGCUAAGGGCUUUCAUAGCGGUUCAGUAACAAAAGAAAACAAGGAGAACGAUCGUUUUAUCAUUUUAGAACCUAAGCGGGAAAGAGUUUCUUCCAAAAAACGUGGAGAUGUUCCUUCAGUGACUCAUAAGUUUGUUGAAUCGAUGGCAUCAGAACUUUUAAGAGAACCAGGGAACGAAGAGUCUAUAACUGAAUUACGCCGAGCUUUGGAGUCUUUAAAACCAAAAGAAAAAGAAAUAUCGUUGGCUAGAUUUUCUCAACUUGAAAAAGUCUUGGAUAAGUCAUUUCGAGUGCAGCAGCUUCGAAAACUUGUUGAAUCUAUAACGCUUAAGGGAGUGGGAAAACGAAAUAAAAUAUCAUUAAUCAAGUACUUUCUACAAGAUCACUGGAAGCUCGAAGUUAAGACAUCAAUUGAGGAUGAUUUAGUGAAAGAAUUGGAUUUACAGGUCAGCCCAGUUGGCAUGUUUUUCUUGCUAUUAGAUAAGGCAGCCGAUGUCAAAAACCUGUCAAUGGUGCAUGAUUGUCAUGUUUUCUUCAACGUUUCAGAUUACCGUAUUCGCAUUCAGGGAAAGAAGAAAGCUGCCGAAAGUAUGAAGGAUAAUGUUUUUAAUCGCCUGAACCAAAUACAAGCGGCUUCCUUCCAGUUUCCGGAAGUUUUAGUAUCGUUGGUCAAAGAAAACCUUAAGGAAUUUUCUCAAAAAACCAACGCCUUUCUUGAACCUCGGAACAAAAGUGAAUUGAAAAUCAGUUCCAUUCUUGAAGACGGAAGAACUUUUGAAGAUAUUAAGAGGACGUUAUAUGCAUUGGUGAAUGGAUUUUUUUGUGGAGAUAGGUUUUAUUCUAUGGUUCCGUCGAACAAGUUGAAUAAUAAUGUUAGCCCUAGGAACAAUGCAUUUUCUAUGCCAUGGUUUACAAAAAAUAACAAUACUUGGAAGAGGUGGAUGAAAGAUAUUGGAUAUUCAUGGAAUACGAGUAUUCAAAGAAGCGAUUCUUUUGAAAACUUCUCAACAAUUCUUCCAACUUUCGCAUCUACUCCUGCGACCACACCUUUUGAUGAUACCUUGAUUACUCCUCUGAUUGCUCAAAAAAACAACGAAUACGUACCAAUCAGUUCUUAUAUAAAAGAGUAUGAAGGUAAUUUUUUGUUGGAAAAAGAAAUGCAAAAACAAUCUUUUUCUAAUACGAAUAAUAUGCCUAUUGACUAUUCCUUAAAAGCAACAUUUGGACACUCUUUAUUCCAUAGCAAAUACGUUUCCUCGAAAGAAAGCGGAUUGCAUUCGUUAGCCGUUUCAAAAGGGACUAAUGGAAAUGCUUAUAACAUUUUUAUUCCCGGUAUACCCAAUCUCUUAUCGACACUUUUCCAUACAUUAUCUAAAGAAGAGUUGCUUCACUGCGAGACCUUUUACAAUAGAAAAUUAGUAUUUCUUCCAACCGCCGAAUCGAAUCACCUUAAUAAUCACCGAUGUUUAGAAAUGGCGUUCACAUCUCCAAAUAAAGAUGAUGGUUUAGAAAGGCAGGAAAAACACUUGGUUAUGGGAAAUGAUCAUAAAAGCCAGAUUCUUUUACCAAUGCACUUUGUUGACCUAUUAAUGAGUUCCUGCAGUCGUCAAACAAUCCCUUGGGAAGGCUCGUUUGACGACUAUGCUGCCCAAUGUUUUCCAUACUUAAGUACGAAACAAUUCCAUAAAUGUCCCAAGCGAUUUCUCUUUUCAUCUCCCCAGGGGGAUUUGCAGCAGGAUUUUUACUUGCAAACUUAUGAAAAGCGCGAAUGCAAAAAAUUCAAAUGGGGGACUUCAGAGUUACUAUGUUCCUACGUUAUGUCGCCAUAUUUUACUGGAACAGUUUUGGAAGUAGAAGGAGAUUCUUCUAUUGAAGACUUUUUAAGAGAUAUUUGGAAACUUGUGGAUCUUUACGAAGUUCCAAAUUAA